AUGGCCGGGAAGGGGGAAGGUCGGGCGAUCGGGAUCGAUUUGGGCACGACGUAUUCGUGUGUGGCUGCAUGGCACCACAACCGCAUCGAGAUCAUACCCAACGAGCAGGGCAACCGCACCACACCCUCUUACGUCGCUUUCACCGACAACGAGCGUCUCAUCGGAGACGCCGCCAAUGCUCAUACUAACACCGUUUUCGAUGCAAAGAGGCUGAUUGGCCGUAAAUUCAAUGAUCCAAUGGUUCAGAGUGACAUGAAACUCUGGCCAUUCAUGGUCAUUUCUGGUGCUGCUGAUAAGCCUAUGAUCGUGGUAACCUACAAAGGAGAGGAGAAACAGUUUUCACCUGAGGAGAUCUCUUCAAUGCUCCUAUCUAAGAUGAAGGAUGUCGCUGAGUCCUAUCUUGGAUCACCUGUCAAGAAUGCUGUCGUGACCGUGCCUGCUUAUUUCAACGACUCUCAGCGUCAGGCCACCAAGUCCGCUGGAACCAUUGCCUGCCUCAAUGUUGUGAGGAUGAUCAACGAGCCUACUGCUGCAGCCAUCGCAUACGGUCUAGAUAAAGGUGGUGAUGUGGCUAAGAAUGUGCUUAUUUUCGACCUUGGUGGUGGCACGUUCGAUGUGUCUGUGGCCACGAUUGAGGCGGGGAUCAUUGAUGUGAAGGCUAUUGCCGGUGACACUCAUCUUGGAGGGCAAGACUUUGACAGUAGGAUGGUGAAUCAUUUGGUGAAAGAGUUUGAAAGGAAGAAUGGUAGGGAUAUUAGUAUGAAUCCGAGAGCUAUUAGGAGAUUGAGGAGUGCUUGUGAAAGGGCUAAGAGAGUCCUUUCCUCCACUUCCCAAACUAAUAUUGAGAUUGAAUCUUUGUUCGAGGGGAUUGAUCUGUUUUCGAGUAUCACUCGUGCUAAAUUUAAUGAGCUCAACAUGGAUUUGUUCAACAAGUGUAUGGAAGUGGUUGAGAAAUGCUUGAGUGAUGCAAAGAUGAAGCGGAGGGGUGUGGAUGAGGUGGUGCUGGUGGGCGGGUCGAGUAGGAUUCCAAUGGUGCAAGAGCUGUUGAAGGAGAUGUUCAAUGGGAAGGAGGCGUGCAAGAGCAUUAAUCCAGACGAAGCCGUGGCGUAUGGUGCUGCUGUGUUGGGUGCAGAAUGUGGUGGUUCGGAUGUUACUCCUUUGUCUCUUGGUAUUGAAUGCAAUGGAGAUGUGAUGAGUGUAAUUAUUCCGAGGAACACACCUAUCCCAACAAGGGAAGAGGCGUUGUUUAGUUCGUAUCCCAUCAAGGACAAUCAGACCAAUGUGUGGUUUUCCGUGUACGAGGGCGAAAGAAGCAAAGCAACAGACAACAAUCUGGUAGAUGAAAUCAGUCUCCCAGACAUACCAGGAGAGCCCAGAGGUGUUGGUACAUUCAAAGUGUGCUUCGACAUUGAUGAGAAUGGUAUCUUGAAUGUGUCAGCAGAGCACAUAGGGAGUGGAGUGAAGAACAACAUCAGCAUCACCAACUACAUGGGCAAGGGCAGGCUGUCCAAGAAACAAAUAGAGAAGAUGAUUCGCGAUGCAAACAAGUGCAAGAGGGAGGACGAAGAGUAUAUGAACAAGUCUGAUUAUAGGAAAGCUUUGAUGGAGUACGCAUACGACAUGAGGAACUAUGAGAGAUGUGUACCAGGUAUGAUGGAAGCGGCCGACAAGAAGAAGAUAGACAAGGCUUUCGUGUUCACUAUGAUGUGGUUGGAGUUGCACAAAGCCGAGGAGGUAGAUGAUGCUGAGCCUUUCAUUAACAAGAUGGAGGAGCUUAAGAGGUUUUACAAUCCCAUCGUUGCCAAGACGCACCAAAGUCCCAGUAUUAAGAUGUGGUUUAGUAUUGAAUGCAAGGCUUUGCUUCGUUGGAUAGUGAAUAAAUACACGGCUUUGCUUCGUUGGAUAAUACAUAACUUGUAG